GUGCGCAGGCAAUGCUCGCGGCGGCGGCGACGGCGGCGGGAGGUUCGGUUGUCGCCCGUUGGCCGCGCGGCGCCGCGCUCGGCCGCCGCCAUUGCAGUUUAUUUUCAGUUGCUUUUUAAAGAAGGAAGGCUCAUGGUGCAAAUUGUUAUUUCCAGUCCGGGGGCUGGAGGCCUGGCAGAAUGGGUGCUGAUGGAGCUACAGGGGGAGAUCGAGGCUCGCUACAGCACUGGAUUAGCUGGAAACCACCUGGGAGACCUACAUUACACCACUGAGGGAACCCCUGUGCUGAUUGUGGGGCAUCAUAUCCUGUAUGGGAAAAUCGUCCACCUCGAGAAACCUUUUGUAGUCCUUGUCAAACACACUCCUGGGGAGAAGGACUGUGAUGAGCUUGGUGGAGAGACUGGCACUCGAUACCUGGUAACAGCACUCAUCAAAAACAAGAUCCUUUUCAAAACCCGCCCCAAGCCCAUUAUCACCAACGUCCCCAAGAAAGUAUGAAAGAACCCCGGAUUUUCCAUAGAGAGCGGCCAACUCCUUGGACUCGUGCUCCAUUGCCACCUCGAGGACGGCUGGACGGUUCCCUGGGACCACAAAGAGGUCCUGUUAUGAACACAGGCCACCCAAUGGGUGUGAACUCAGAUCCUUUCUUCAUGGCAGGUUCCCUUGGUGGAAACCUGGCCCCAUUUCCAAGGAACCCAUCUUUUCAAAGUUCCUCAGGCUCAAUGGCUUCAAAUCCAGCACCUUUUCCUGCUGGUGCUCGUGACCCAAGCAUGGCUUCUUUCCCAAGAGGGAUGAAUUCUACUGGUACAGGUGCAGUUUCUUUCCCAAGGCCAGGUGGCCUUUUGGGCCCAGGACCAGGUCUGAAUCCUAGAAUAGGGGCUCCAGGCCCGGGUCCUAUGUCUAACCCCAGAUUAGGAGGUCUCCCAGGCCCAGGUCCUAUGACCAACUCAAGGGCAGGUGGCCUGCUGGGAACGAAUCUUGACCCCAGAAGUGGUGGCCCCAUGGGCUCUGGAUGUGGACCCAACCUGAGGGCAGGUGUCUUGUCCUCUGGGAAUGGCCCUCCCAAUCCUAGGGCAGUUGGCCUGGGCCCUGGACCAAAUCCUAAUCUGAGAUCAGGCUUUUUAGGUACAAACCCUGCCCCUAGGUCAGGCGUGUUUCCAGGCCCAGGCUUAGGGCCCAACCCACGAGCAAGUGGAAUGGGUCCAGGCCUUGGGCCCAAUCCAAGAGCUGGUGGCAUGGGCCCAGGCCCAAAUCUGGAUACCAGAGCAGGUGGCCUCUUGGGCACAGGAUCUGGUCUUAGCAUAAGAAUGGCUGGACCUCAAGGCCUAGAUCUUGCUCCCAUUCUAAGAGCAGCAGGUCUUUUAGGAACAAAUUCAGCUGCUUUCCCACAGGCUUCUGGAAACAUGAGUACAAACCCAUCCUCCAUGACAAGAGCACCUGGCCCCAUAGGCGCAAACACAGGUCCUGGCUCUCGAGGAAUUGGCCUUCCAGGGCCAAAUCCAUCUCCCAUGUCAAGGGCUCCUGGCCCCAUGGGCCCUAAUUCAGCUCAUUUCUCAAGGCCAGGUGGCCCCAUGGGAGUAAGUGCCGGUCCCUUUCCAAGGGGGACAGGAUCAGGAGGACUGAACCCAGCUGCCUUCUCUCAGUCUUCAGGCGCAUUGGCCUCAAAUCCAGGUACCUUCCAGAGGUCUGCUGGCCUCCAGGGCUCAAAUCCAGCAAUUUUCCCAAGAGCCUCUGGGCCACUAGGCCCCAACCCAGCUAACUUUCCAAGGGCCACUGGCCUUCAGGGUCCAAGUCCAGCUGCCUUCCCAAGGUCUGCUGGUCCAUUAGGCCCAGGUCAAGUUGCUUUCCCAAGGUCAGCUACUGGGCAUCUGGGCUCUUCUCCAGCAGGUCCUGUGGGUAUCAACCCUGCUCCUUUUGUAAGACCAUCAGGGACCCUGGGUCUAAACCCAGCUUCCUUUCCAAGGAUGAAUGGCCCUGUAACCAAGACUUUGGUCCCAUUUCCUAGAGUGGGGAGCCUCCCUGGCACAAACCCAGCUGCUUUUCCCAGACCAGGGGGUCCAAUGGCUGCAAUGUACCCAAAUGGAAUGUUACCCCCUUAAACACCACUUUCCCUCUAGGACCACUUUGUUUUCUAAGCACUGUCUCUUAGAUAAAAUGGUAGAUACGGAGCUACUGUCUGGAGCAUAACUGAGGCUCAAGUUCAAAUGAGUCUUUUUCUUUUUUCUUCACUGAAGGCAAGAUAUUAUUUGUGGGACAUGGACUCUGGCAGAUAGGAAUGCUCCUGGCCUCAGAGAAAGGAUCUCUGACCUUCUGGAAGCCUGCUGUGCUUUCUGCCCCUUGUUUCUUACUAGUUUCUCGACUUGUUCUUGUGGACUUUCCUCAGGGAUACAUUGUCCUGCAGGUCCUAAUCCCCCAUUCCCCACUGGAGAGUUGGUCCACUUGCUCUCUAGAGAUGUUACAUUGAUGAACAGAUGCUUCAGUAACUCUGACCUGGGCGGCUUGGACUUGGUUUCUUUCUAUUGCCAGACCUUUCCCUGGGGUCUUCGACAUAAAAUGGGGAGAUGGACAACCACGUCACAGACCUACCAAAUUUCUGCGUGACUGGGCCUGCAGCACCUUUCUCCUGGGACUUUGCGGUGGCCAGACUUGUGGCUCCUCUGCUCAUCCAGCUCCCUCUCCACUGGUACUCCCAGUCAAAGAACCUCAAAACUUAUGUAGAUGGGAAUUUGGGAAUUGGGGUGGGGGCGGAGGGAUAAAAGGGAGAAAUCUCUGUGCUUUGUUCAGCCUGAUGUGAAGGAUGGUUGGUGUUUUUCCUGCAUUGUAUCUUUUCUUACUAUUUCUUUAAUAAAUGGGAUGAGAGAACUGUCA